AUGUCUCUUUUUUUUCUUCAUUCCCACCACCAAUCUUCGUCGUCGUGGCCAUGUAACGACGAUGGCGAUGACACCCCUCGCGCCCCCGUGAAGACCGUCGACAAGCCGGUCGCUCGCACUACUAAGCGCAACGCCGAGCCUGAGGCUCCCGCCCGCCUUCCCGCUGGUGGCGCUGGCAACCGCCGUGGUGGUUCCGGCAACGAUGCCGCUUUCCGCGACCGUAACUCCGGCAGCGACCGCAACCGUGGCCGCUCUACCGAGGAGGCCGCUAAGGGCGGCGCCCGUGGUGGAUACGGCGCCCGUGGCCGUGGUGGUGAGUCCAUUCCGCUAAGCCCGCCGCCAGACGCUGGUUCCUUAUUGACGGCCGUGGUGGUCGCUUCCCUCGCGAACAAGCAGGCUGCCCAGUCUUGGGGUGCCACUGAGGGCAACCCUGAGCUGAAGGACGAGCAGGCCGGUGAUGCCAUCGCCGAGGCUGAGAAGAAGGACGCCGCCGCUGAGGAUGCCGAGGAGAAGGUCGAGGAGCCUGAGGACAAGCACGUCUCCUACAACGACUACCUCACUCAGCUCGCUGAGAAGAAGGCCGCUCUCGACAGCACCCCUGAGGUCCGCAAGGCCAACGAGGGCUCCUCCAAGAAGUGGGGCGCCACUCAGGAGGUCGUCCGCGAUGAGACCGACUACAUGCCCGCCUCCAGCGGCAAGGCCAAGCGUGAGCGCACCCAGAAGACCAAGGAGACCAUCGACAUCGAUAUGCGCUACGUCGAGCCUGAGCGCCCCCAGCGCGGCGGAUUCAGCGGCGAGCGCGGCAGCCGUGGCGGCCGUGGUGGCCGUGGCCGUGGUGACCGCGGUGGCGAGCGUGGCCGUGGCGGUAACUUCCGCGGCGGCGAGCGCGCUGAUCGUGGUGGUGGCCGCAAGGAGGCCAACGCCGCCAUCAACACCAAGGACGAGUCGGCCUUCCCCAGCCUUGGCGGCAAAUAA